AUGUCUGAAAGGAAAACGAAAAGAUUGUCUGGAGCGCAAUAUAAAAGAAAGCGAGAGGAAAAGCAAAAUGAAGCUAAAAAAAUGUUUGGCUCAUUAACAAAGUUUUUAGUAAAAUCGCCAGAACCGGAAAGUAGUUGUAGUAGCCAAUUAAAUCCAAUUGAUGAUUUGUUUUGCGAUAAAAUUGAAAAUGAAUUAUCCGUCGAAAAUGAAAAGACUAAUGACAAUACUAGUAGUAUCGACGAAAUGGAAACAGAAGAUAAUAAGGAUAUCUAUCUAUACAAUACCGAUACCGCUGAAAUUGAUAAAGCAUAUUUUGCUAUGUUUAUGGAUUUAAAUGAUCCAGCUUGCUGUCCUUUAACAAUUACCACUAAAAUAUUGGAUAUAUUAAUCGAAAAAGGACCCAUACAAAAUAAACAAUCUACAUAUCCAAUUAAUAAAUUGGGAAGAUCAUUUUCAUCAACUUAUUUCUAUAGAAAAAUGCCAAAUGGUGAAAAAUUUAAUCAGAAAAAACGAUGGUAUCAAAUUGUCGUACGCAUGAUAUCUGUGGUACAAUUUCUGGCAGUACAGGGUUUAGCGUUUAGAGGUAGCUCGAGCAGAUUGUAUGAAAACAAUAAUGGAAAUUUUCUAAAAGCAAUUGAAAUGAUAGGAAAAUUUGAUGAUGUUAUGGCAGAUCACAUAAAUCGCAUUCAACAAUCAGUUGCUUUAAAUAACCAUAUGCCACAUUAUGCGGGAAAUCGCUUCCAAAAUGAAAUAAUUAGUAUCCUUGCAGCGCAAAUUCAAAAAUAUAUUUUGUCAGCAAUAAAAGACGCCAAAUAUUUUUCAGUAAUUUUGGAUUCUACGCCGGACAUGGGACAUGUCGAGCAAAUUACAAUAAUUUUGAGAUAUGUGCAUAUUCAAAAUGACGAAGUAGAAGUGAGAGAAAAUUUCGUUGGUUUUUCUCCAGCUCAAAAAAGUACUGGAGAAGCUUUUUACGACUUUUUACUUGUAAAAUUAAGCUCUCCUAAAUUAAAUGUUAACGAUAUGAGAGGCCUGGGGUAUGAUAAUGGAUCAAAUAUGACUGGAAAACAUAUUGGAUUGCAGAAACGAAUUUUGGACAAUUAUCCACGAGCUUUGUUUAUGCCAUGCAACGCGCAUACAUUAAAUUUGGUCGUCAAUGAUACAGCGAAAAAAAAAUAUAUUUUGAGAGUAGGUGGUAAGAAACCUGCAGAAUAUGUUAGGAACGUAUUAAAGAAAAUUUUUACAAAAGAUCUGGCUGCCGUAUGCUCGUGGUUUGGUCGCAAGAAGAAUCUAGCAGUCAACAACCUUAAAAUGAUGCAAUUAGUCAUAGUUUCAUUGGAUCCUCCAAUUAUGACAACAAAGUCAUUUUCAGAAAAAGUUUUAUGGGAUUUUUCUAGAAGCGAGUCCAGUUUUGCACCUGGUUUUGUAGUUAGUCUAAAAUUAUACUUAUGA